AUGCCUAAGGUCAAACAGCAGAAGCGCAAUAGCGCUUCGAAGGCCAGUCCCUAUGCCGAUGCGGCGGCGAAGACGAAGGCCGCCAACACCGUCUUCAAAAUGAAUACCGAUCUCGGUCAGCACAUUCUGAAAAACCCUGGCGUGGCUCAACGAAUUGUCGACAAAGCCGAGUUGAAACAGAGCGAUGUUGUUCUCGAAAUUGGUCCUGGUACCGGUAACUUGACCGUGAAGAUCCUCGAACAGGCAAAGAAAGUUAUCGCCGUGGAGCUCGACCCUCGAAUGGCUGCUGAAGUCACCAAGCGUGUUCAAGGCACACCUGCCCAGAAACGCUUAGACGUUAUCCUUGGAGACGUGAUCAAAACAGACCUUCCAUAUUUCGAUGUUUGCAUCAGCAACACGCCGUAUCAGAUCUCUUCUCCCCUCACAUUCAAACUUCUCGCGACGUCUCCGGCGCCCCGCAUUUGCGUUCUCAUGUUUCAACGAGAGUUUGCUCUAAGAUUGUUCGCUAAGCCAGGCGAUAAGCUCUACAGUCGACUCUCCGUCAAUGCUCAAAUGUGGGCUAAGAUCGACCACAUUAUGAAGGUGGGCAAGAACAAUUUCAAGCCCCCUCCGCUGGUCGAGUCGAGCGUUGUCCGUCUGGUACCUAAAAACCCCAGGCCCCAAAUCAACUAUGAUGAGUGGGACGGGCUUCUGAGAAUCCUAUUCGUCCGGAAGAACAAGACAAUCCGGUCAAGUUUCCUUGGCAAGUCCACAGUCAUGGAUAUGUUGGAAGCCAACUAUCGGACAUGGUGUGCGCAGAACGAUAUUCCAGUUGAGGAUGGGCCGGCGGAAGGCGCUGAGUCUGAUGCGAUGGACAUUGGCAACGCGCAAGACGAGGAAGAUGAUGAGGGUGAAGACGAGCCUGACGAGGGCAUGGACGUGGACGAUGAAGACGAUGUACCCGACUUCUUCAAGGAACAGACCAACGCGCGUAUUCAAGAGGCUCUUAAGAAUCGGCCUAGUCGUAAGAAGAAGGGAAAGGUGGCAGAGCUCGUCCGGGAGAAGGUACGGCAGGUGUUGGAAGAUGAAACACGCCUUGCCGACAAGCGUGCAAGGAUGUGCGAUGAAAACGACUUCCUGAAGUUAUUGUGGGCCUUCAACCAGAAGGGCUUCCAUUUCAGCUGA